AAUGAAUUUAAGGACUUCUCACUGAAGUGGACAAAGACAUUUAGUCACUUUGACAGAGCAGGGCAAACCAAGUUGGCAGACAAGUUACCCGGAGAAAAAGAGAGAUGGAUGGAGAGGCUGAAGAUAAAACACUGCGUACCCACUCUAAAGGAACCAACGUGCCAAUAGAUUCUCUAAUUCAGGAGCUCAGUGCUGCUUAUGAUUGCUCCGUGGCGAAGAAGAGGAGAGCUGCAGAGCAGGCUUUGGGCGUCCCAGUCAACAAGAGAAAAUCCCUGCUAAUGAAGCCCCGACACUACAGCCCAAACCUUGACUGCAGAGAAGAAUGUGAUGACAGGACCGAGGCUGAGGAGGAAGAUAGCCUCCCGGAAGCCAGUGAUCGCACUGCCACAGAAGAAAUCGUGAUAAAACCUAUGGAUGAGAACCUCCAUUCAACUGCACAAGAAAACUCCAAUGGGAAGGAAGACAGAUACGGCUGCUAUCAAGAGCUUGUGGUCAAAUCUUUAAUGCACUUGGGGAAAUUUGAAAAAAAUUUGUCUGUUCAGACCAUAAGUGAUAAUUUAAAUGACAGUGGCAUCCAGUCUCUAAAAGCAGAGAGUGAUGAAGCUGAUGAGUGCUUUAUGAUUCAUUCUGAUGAUGGAAAAGAAAAAAUCGAUGAUUCCCAGCUUCCGUUCUGCUCCUCAGAUGACAGUGAAAGUAACUCUGAAAAUGCAGAGAAUGGUUGGGACAGUGGCUCCAACUUCUCAGAAGAAACCAAACCACACAGGGUCCCAAAGUAUAUUUUAGUGGAUAAUAGAAAAGACCUAUUGGAAGUUCCUGAAAUAAAAACUGAAGGUGACAAGUUUAUCUCUUGUGAAAACAUGUGUGAUUCUGAGACAGAAAGGAGAGACCCACAGAAUGCUCACCAGGAACGGCUGGAUGGCAAAGCCCAGCCCUCAUUUGCUGGGAUGGAGGAAGAUGAUAACGAGUGCCUGGCAGCCAUGACAGAAGAGUCUGUUGACCUGGAGAAAGCGAAGGGGAACUUGAGUUUGCUGGAGCAAGCAAUUGCUCUCCAGGCUGAACGUGGUUGUGUUUUCCAUAACACCUACAAAGAGUUGGACAGGUUUCUACUGGAGCACCUUGCUGGGGAAAGAAGGCAAACCAAAGUUAUUGACAUGGGUGGAAGACAAAUCUUUAACAAUAAACAUUCACCGCGGCCUGAGAAGAGGGAGACCAAGUGCCCUAUCCCCGGGUGCGAUGGCACGGGACAUGUGACAGGACUCUACCCCCACCAUCGCAGCCUUUCGGGUUGCCCCCACAAAGUGAGGGUUCCCCUGGAAAUUCUUGCCAUGCACGAAAACGUGCUCAAGUGUCCCACCCCAGGAUGCACAGGAAGAGGGCACGUGAACAGCAACCGCAACACUCACAGGAGUCUUUCUGGUUGUCCGAUUGCUGCAGCUGAAAAAUUGGCAAUGUCCCAGGACAAAAAUCAGCUUGAUUCUCCCAAAACCGGGCAGUGUCCUGACCAGGUUCACAGGACUAGCUUGGUGAAACAAAUUGAAUUCAAUUUCCGAUCACAAGCCAUCACCUCUCCCAGGGCCACGGUGUCAAAAGAACAAGAGAAGUUUGGAAAAGUACCAUUCGAUUAUGCCAGUUUUGAUGCCCAGGUUUUUGGUAAACGCCCCCUUGUUCAAACAGGUCAAGGACGAAAAACACCACCAUUUCCUGAAUCAAAGCAUUUUUCAAAUCCAGGGAAAUUUCCUAAUCGACUGCCUAGCGCAGGCGCCCACACACAGAGCCCUUGCCGUGCCAGCUCUUAUAGCUACGGUCAAUGUAGUGAAGACACCCACAUAGCAGCAGCUGCUGCCAUCCUGAACCUUUCCACCCGCUGCAGGGAAGCUGCAGACAUCCUCUCCAACAAACCACAGAGUCUGCAUGCCAAGGGAGCCGAGAUAGAAGUGGAUGAAAAUGGCACAUUGGACUUAAGCCUGAAAAAAAAUCGAAUCCUGGACAAAGCUGCACCCCUAACUUCCUCUAACACUUCUAUUCCAACUCCUUCCUCUUCCCCAUUCAAAACAAGCAGCAUUUUGGUCAAUGCAGCAUUCUAUCAGGCUCUCUGUGAUCAAGAGGGCUGGGAUACUCCUAUCAACUAUAGCAAAACUCAUGGGAAGACAGAGGAGGAGAAAGAGAAAGACCCAGUGAGCUCUCUAGAAAAUUUAGAGGAGAAAAAGUUUCCUGGAGAGGCCUCCAUACCAAGCCCUAAAACCAAGCUCCAUGCAAGAGAUCUCAAAAAAGAACUAAUCACCUGUCCAACGCCAGGAUGUGAUGGAAGUGGCCAUGUCACAGGGAACUACGCUUCCCAUCGCAGUGUUUCUGGAUGUCCUUUAGCAGAUAAGACUCUUAAAUCCCUAAUGGCUGCUAACUCUCAGGAGCUUAAGUGUCCAACCCCAGGUUGUGAUGGUUCAGGGCACGUGACUGGAAACUACGCUUCCCACAGAAGUUUGUCCGGCUGCCCUCGUGCCAGGAAAGGUAGUGUCAAAAUGACUCCUACAAAGGAAGAAAAAGAAGACCCUGAACUCAAAUGUCCUGUGAUAGGGUGUGACGGCCAAGGUCACAUAUCAGGUAAAUACACGUCCCACCGCACAGCUUCUGGCUGUCCCCUGGCUGCCAAGAGACAGAAGGAGAAUCCUCUCAAUGGGGCCCCCCUCUCCUGGAAACUGAACAAACAAGAGCUACCACAUUGUCCCUUGCCAGGCUGCAAUGGGCUGGGCCAUGUAAAUAAUGUUUUUGUCACCCACAGAAGCUUGUCUGGAUGUCCUCUAAAUGCACAAGCCAUCAAAAAGGGCAAGGUCUCAGAAGAACUAAUGACCAUCAAGCUCAAAGCAACUGGCGGUUUAGAGAGUGAUGAAGAAAUUAGGCAUUUGGAUGAAGAAAUAAAGGAACUGAAUGAAUCCAACCUUAAAAUUGAAGCAGAUAUGAUGAAACUUCAGACUCAGAUCACAUCUAUGGAGAGCAACCUAAAGACAAUAGAGGAGGAGAACAAGCUCAUAGAACAGAACAAUGAGAGCCUGCUGAAGGAGCUGGCGGGCUUGAGCCAAGCUCUUAUCUCAAGUCUCGCCGACAUUCAGCUCCCACAGAUGGGGCCUAUCAGUGAGCAGAAUUUUGAAGCAUAUGUAAAUACACUCACAGACAUGUACAGCAAUCUGGAACGGGACUAUUCCCCGGAAUGCAAAGCUCUGCUGGAAAGUAUCAAACAGGCAGUGAAGGGCAUCCAUGUGUAGGACCACAGAGCUGCCGGGCAACAGAAAUUACAAACAACAGUAACACAGACGGAUCUGGAAGGGGCUCCUGUGCUGCUAAGGCACGUAGGUUGCCGUACUGAAUUUACAAUUGCAACAUUGCACUAAUUUUUCCCCCAGCUGACAUAAAAAGGAAAGAAAAACUAUGAUAGACUCUUUGGAUUAAAAGCAAUGCAGUCAAAUAUUAGAUCUUAUUUAUUUUCAUAUGUUUUAAUUUUAUUUCUUCAUUGCACUCUUCUGGUUUUUUUUUGUAAAGUAUAUGUAAAAUAAAUGUGACAUUUUUAUAUUUUAUUUAUUUCUAAUCAAAGAGUUUUUUAUCUUUUAACUGCGUUUUGAAGUCUGCCAUAUUUUUACAAGUGUGUUUAUUAAUUUAUUUUCCAAUAGAAUUUAAAUAGAAAUGCUAUUCUCAAAUCACAUACCUUGCUGGGUUUAAAUGAAAAAACAAAAAAGUAAGAAGGAAAUCUUUGUCUAAGGACUGCACUAUGGUCCAGUUUGAUUUUUAUUGCACACUUCUUUUCCUCCCUUUCACUGGCUUUUGUAUUUAUAAAUGGGCUUGCCGUGAGGUGCGGGGAAGAAAUAAGAAGAUAAAUGGCGCCCACUAGUGGGAAAUGCGCACUCACAGAAGCACAGUGUACUGGAAAACAGCCUGUUCAGAAUUUGUUAGCAAUAAUUAAAUAUAGCAAUCAGCAAAGUAUUCGACUUGGCUGUACGGUUUUAGUUAAUAUGAAUUAUUUAUUUGACAUGUUUUAAAGAAACAUAAGCUUUUUUAGUGAUGCAGAUUUGUCUGUUUUUCAAGUCAUAUCAGAUAGUUGGCAACUCUUAUCCCAAGAUGAGAAAUAAGACUUGAUGUGACCAGCCAGGCUUUCCUGCCAUAUGUUGGUACAAUAUACAAGUGACAAUAUUGAUGUAGAUUUGUACUUAGCAAAUACAAACACAUCCAAAUGGAAAAUUUUGUAGAUACCAUAUCCCCUGAAAUAGCAUUUAUCUUACUGGGUGGACUGGAAAGGAAUGGGAAAUAUAGUAACACGUGAAAAAAACAUUACUCCGAUCCGAGUAAUUAAACACUGCCGACAUUGUCUUACCUUCCUUAGGCAACAGGAAAACUUUCAAUUUGAUAAAAAAUCUUCCCACAGAACUACAAAUGCUACAAAGUAUACACACUCACACCCACAGACACACA